CGUCACAAAACGUCACAGAUUGUCAUGUCGUAUCAUACCUUGUAACCUCAAUAAUCGUGAUAAGAAUCCACGUUGUGUGAUUUUAAGUUCGUGCAGUAUUAGCAAACAUAAGAAGCAAAAAAAUGUCGGGAGAAAUAAUAAAUAACAUUGAAAACUUAAGUGUAAAUGAAAAAAUCGACAACGGAGAGGUGGACGAUGACUUCGUCGAUCCGUGGAAUGUAGUCAGUAAAUCGGAAACUGGAAUUGAUUACGACAAAUUAAUAAAGAAAUUCGGUUCAAGUAAAAUAGAUCAAGAAUUGUUGGACCGUUUCGAAAAAGUAACAGGACAGAAGGUUCAUCAUUUUCUUCGAAGAGGAAUUGUUUUUUCGCAUAGGGAUAUGCAUUCCAUUUUGAAUCAACACGAAGCUGGAAAACCUUUCUAUUUGUAUACUGGUCGAGGGCCAUCUUCACAUUCCAUGCACGUUGGUCAUCUUAUACCAUUUAUGUUUUGCAAGUGGCUGCAAGAAGUUUUUAACGUGCCACUAGUGAUUCAGUUAACUGACGAUGAGAAGUUCUUGUGGAAAGACUUGAAAAUGGAAGAGGCCAUUAAAAUGACUGUUGAGAACGUUAAAGAUAUAAUCGCCAUCGGAUUUGAUCUUGAGAAGACGUUCAUUUUUUCAGAUCUCAUGUAUAUAGGGCAGUGUCCUGAAUUCUACCAAAAUAUGGUUAAAAUUCAGCGCUGUGUCACCUUUAAUCAAGUGAAAGGGAUUUUUGGUUUCGAUGACAGCACUGUUAUUGGAAAAGUUGCUUUUCCUGCAGUACAAGCAACGCCGUGUCUCUCUACCUCUUUUCCUCACAUAUUUAAAGGAAAGAAAGUUCCUUGUUUGAUACCCUGUGCCAUCGAUCAAGACCCAUAUUUCAGGAUGACAAGAGACGUGACGCCCAGAUUGGGCUUCAAGAAGCCAGCUUUACUCCACGCAUCAUUCUUUCCAGCUUUACAAGGUGCACAUACAAAAAUGUCAGCUUCUGAUCCAAAUUCCACAAUCUAUUUAAAUGACACGCCCAAACAAGUUAAGAACAAAAUCAAUAAACAUGCAUUUUCUGGAGGUCAGACCACUGUUGAGGAACACAGACAGCUGGGAGGGAACUGUGAGGUUGAUAUUUCUUACCAGUAUUUGAAAUUUUUCUUGGAUGAUGAUGAGAAACUUGAGCAAAUUAGGAAGGAUUAUACCAGCGGGGCUUUAUUGACAGGCGAAUUGAAGAAGAUUUUGAUUGAUAUCUUGACGCCAGUUGUUAGUAAGCAUCAGGAGCGAAGGGCGAAAAUUACAGAUGAGAUAAUAAAACAGUAUAUGACUCCACGGAAGUUAGCUUUUGAUAUUUAAUUUAUAAUUUAUUUUGUAUUUAUUAUCAUUGUUAUCAUAUUGAUACCUAUGAUUUUAUUUCAUUGGCGCGUUUUGCUUGUUGUGGUAAGACUAAGUUAUGUGUUUCGAUAUUUAAAUUAGGUAUUUAUGAAAUAAAAAAGUCAUGUUAUU